AAGCUAUUUAUACAAACAGGCAUCAAUAUGUGAGAUGCAACGAACCAUUUUGUUUGCAAAGAAUUUUAACAUUUCACAACAAUGUCAAGCUUUCAGUGUUUUUCAAAAUAGUCAAAUAAAGAAUUAUACAAAACCUUUUGAACCCCAGAAGCCUCUUAUAACGAAUUUAAAUCCCAUACUUAAUACGCAAGUAAUUUUUGGAACUCAACAAACUCGUGAUUUAACCAAAUUUUCUUUGAGAAGAGGAAAGAGGAAAAGUGUGAAAGCUGUAACCAGAAGAUUUUUCAGACUGAAUUGGGGCGGUUGGAUAAGAACAAGAAUAGGUAGACAUAAACGUCUAUGGAAAAAGUCACCAGCACUUAGAAAGCGAUUGAAGGAACAUGUUUUUGUUACUGGAACUCAAAGUUGGUUAUUAGAUUCUAUGGUUACGAAGUAUUGGAGAAAGCCAAAAUAUUAUGUGGAUGAUCCUUAUGAGCCAUAUCAUAAAAGAGAAGUUUAUUGCAAAACUAGGAUGAAGCCAUUUAGACCUUGAAAUUUAUAUUAAUACUGUUAGUGUUAAAUUUUGUGGAUGAAACAACCAAUAAAUAUUUAGAUACCA